AUGGAUGCCUCGGCCCUCGAGCAGCAGAUGCUAGCUGCGGCUAUUGCCGCAUCACUCGAGGAUUAUCAGAAACGGAGCAGCACGGCUUCUUCUCACCAAGCAUCAUUCUCCAACAAUGAUAUUGAGAACUCUCGAAUUCUGCCCAAAGAAAAACCAGAAACUCAGUCCAGUAACAUGAGCCCGCAGCGGACAUACAAAGUAUCCUCGCCGGCCAAAGGCAAGGUUGUGGACCUGACCAAUGAUUCAAGCUCCGACUCAGAUGUGAAAGAGAUUUUCCCCUACUCUCAGUCGAUUGUGAAUUCUGAUGCCGAGGAUGAGAGUUUCCAGGGAAUCUCAGGUGAUGCCAGCGACGAGGAGCUCAAACAAGCAAUUGCCAUGUCGCUGGAGACUUCUCAGCAAGCCACCGAUCACCCGGCUCAUCUCCAAAUACGAGGUAGCUGCAAUGACCCCAGCAUACCUAGCACCGGAGUUUCCCACAUACGAGGAAUCUUCGGUGUCGACAGGAAGCAGAUGGAGCAAGAGCGUCUUACCCGCCUCGCCAAACGCAAAGCCGGUGUCUCCCCUCCCCCAUCUCAGCCGGCUUCAAAGACGGCUCGCAUUACCGAUCCAAGAGCUAUUAUUACACCAAGAGCUCCAGCUGCAGACUCGGGUGUGUCAGAACGGACCUUUGAGAACCAGACUAGAAUCAGCUCUUUCAAAAAGCCCAUCAGUCCUCCGCAGCCAUCUCCACGCUCAGACAUUCAAUUCCCACAAGGGGUGGUCAAAAAGACAUAUGUCGCUUUCGUUCCUCGCUCGGAUAAUGACAUUACCAUCGAAGAAGUGAUCCAAAAGAAUGAUUUGAAUGUUGCUGUUCUGAGCUCCUUUCUGUGGGAUAUGGAUUGGCUGUUCUCAAAGUUUGACGCAAAGAAGACCAAGUUUAUCCUGAUGAUGGGAGCCAAGGAGGAGGAAACUCGCAAACAAUAUCGGGAAGAGACUGCCUCGAUGUCCAAUCUGGACCUAUGUUUUCCGCCCAUGGAACCGCAAGUCAAUAAUAUGCACUCAAAAUUGAUGCUCUUCUACCAUCCCAGUCAUCUGAGGAUUGCGGUUCCAACCGCAAAUCUCACACGGACAGAUUGGGGUGAGAAUGGUUUGAUGGAGAAUACUAUAUUUUUGAUCGAUUUGCCCAGAAUCAGAAUAAGUGGACCAGGUAAAGGAUCGGAUACUGCAUUCAGGGAAGAAUUGAUCUACUUUUUAAAGGCGUCUAAGCUGCGUGAAGACGCUAUCAAGGCUCUCGAUGAGUUUGACUUUACCGAGACUUCUCGUUAUGCUUUUGUUCACACCAUAGGCGGAUCCCGCAUUGGCGAGGCUUGGACACGAUCGGGAUACUGUGGACUCGGCCGUGCUGUAACACACAUGGGGUUGCAGACACCUGGACCUAUCAAUAUAGCUUAUGUGACGUCUUCUGUUGGGUCUUUAAAUGACGAUUUCCUCCGAGCCAUAUACCUUGCUGCUAAAGGUGAUGACGGAAUGACGGACUACAAGCUUCGCUACACACGAGACUCAAGUACUCAAACAAACGAUCCACAGCGCAAGGAGAUGCUGCGUGCGAGUCAAGAAUGGAAGGAUCGGUUCAAUGUGUACUUCCCCUCAGAGCAGACGGUUCGAUUUGCGCACCAAUACCCGGACCGAACGGCCGGCACCAUUUGUUUCUCAUCACGAUGGUGGCUGGGUGCCAAAUUUCCUCGAGGGGUAUUGAAGGACUGCGAGAGCGAGCGCCGGGUUCUGAUGCACAACAAGCUCAUGUACGUGUGGCCUUCUGAGCCCUUCCAAAUGCCUAACGGGAAAGAGUGUAAGGGCUGGGCGUACGUCGGAAGUGCGAAUAUGUCAGAAAGUGCCUGGGGGAAACUUGUGAAAGAUCGCUUUUCGGGCCAGCCUAAGUUGAACUGUCGCAAUUGGGAGUGUGGAGUCAUCGUACCAAUCACGACUGUCGUGAAUGAGACUCAGGGUGUCGGGGGUAAAACGGCUUCUUCAUUGCAAUCGCAGUCCCAACAACUCCCCGUCGAGCUCUUCCACGACACUGUGCCUGUCCCUUUGAAGAUCCCUGGAGCCGAUUUGACCGAGAGUCGCCCUCCAUGGUUCUUCCAAGGUUAA